AUGGCUGCUGUGGUUGUACAAUCUCGUUUUGCCGGACUGAAAAUUGAAGAUGACGAGAUUUCUCCUAACGAAGCUCAAAAGACUAGAAAUAAUAAAACUAACAUUGCUAAAAAACUUGAACCUGCAAAGAAGCCUAAAAGUACUAACAAUAAUAACAACAAACUACAGGCAGCACCUAAAAAACGAAAGCCAAAACCUUCUGGUGCAACUUCGGAGCAAUGGGAAAUGUGGAAGCAAAAGGAUGAGGAACUUGUCCAUGGAAACUAUGAAUCUGAACUCCAACAAGCUAUACUACUAUCUAAACUUGAUUACGAAGAAAAGAAAAUUGUAUACAAGCAAUUGAAAAAGAAUGCAGAUGUCCAGAAAAAAGCUGAACCCUCUCGGAGUGGAAAUAAGAAAAAUAAAAAGAAAACUGUUAUGAGUUUAGAGCAGUUUAACGAUAUGGGUAAUACAGAAGAGCAUAAAAUUUCCAAUGAAGAAAAAAGUGAAAAAGAUUGUCAAGUACAAGAUAAAGAUACAAAGUUCUUUGAAAGGAUUCAAGAUGAAACAAAACAUGAACUCUUAAAAGACAAAAUUAUUGAGAGAGUUAGAAAUCAAACUGUACCUGAUGAAAUAAUUAACCGGGUUCAAUAUAUACAAGCUCUAGAAAAGAAAGAUAAAGAAAUUACUGGUUUGAAACAGGAAGUCACAAGGCUGAAAGAGGAACUGCUAACAGUCAAAUCACGAAAUAAAAAAUUAUGCAAUAUCUUGGGGCAGGGUGAAAUGAAAGACAAAGCUGAGGUUCUUGUUGAAGUGGAGCGAUUGCGAGCUGUGCAGGCAGAACUGAAUGCUGAACUUGCAUCCCUUCAUUCUGAGCUUGAGAAGGAAAGGUCCAAGAAUGCUGAUCCAAGAACUAAAGACAAGAAACAUUCGCACAAAAGAAAAAAUAUUCAGUUUGAUGUUUCUUCAGAGGCUUUGCUAACAAAAGAAAAAAGUGCUACAACGAAAAAGAGGGGCGCAAAUGGAGACAAAGAAAAAUAA